AUGGCAGCGGCCAACUUCAGCAAGGUUCAUAUAGGGAUCUACGUGGAGAUCAAGCGCAGCGACGGCCGAAUUCACCAAGCUAUGGUAACAUCUCUAAAUGAAAAUAAUGAAAGCGUAACUGUUGAAUGGAUUGAAAAUGGAGAUACUAAAGGCAAAGAGAUUGACUUGGAGAGCAUAUUUUCAUUUAACCCAGAUCUUGCAUCUGAUGAAGAUAUUGAACCUAGUCCAGAGACACCACCACCUACUUCAGCAGCUAAAGUAAACAAAAUCAUGAAGAGUCGACGAACCAUGGCACCUAUUAAGAAUGACACUCCUGCCAGAGAUAACAGAGUGGUUGCUUUUGCACACACACGGCCUAUUCAGCUUCCUGAACAGUCUUCCUUCUCACAACAGAAUGCACGUAGAAAAUCCAAUUGUGUAAAAGAGGUUGAAAAACUGCAAGAGAAACGUGAAAAAAGAAGAUUACAGCAGCAGGAACUUAGAGAAAAAAGAGCUCAGGAUGUUGAUGCUACAAAUCCAAAUUAUGAAAUUAUGUGUAUGAUAAGAGAUUUCAGGGGAAGUUUGGAUUAUAGACCACUGACAACUGCAGAUCCUAUUGAUGAGCACAGGAUAUGUGUUUGUGUGCGAAAACGACCACUCAAUAAAAAAGAAACUUUAAUGAAAGACCUUGAUGUAAUAACAAUUCCUAGUAAAGAUGUUGUGAUGGUACAUGAACCAAAACAAAAGGUGGAUUUAACAAGGUACCUAGAAAACCAAACUUUUUGGUUUGAUUAUGCCUUUGAUGAUGAAAUGGUUUACAGGUUUACAGCUCGACCAUUAGUAGAGACCAUAUUUGAAAGGGGAAUGGCCACUUGCUUUGCAUAUGGACAAACAGGCAGUGGAAAAACCCAUACUAUGGGUGGUGACUUUUCAGCAAAGAACCAAGAUUGUUCUAAAGGAAUAUAUGCACUUGCAGCUAGAGAUGUCUUUUUAAUGCUAAAGAAGCCAAAUUAUAACAAGUUAGAACUUCAAGUAUAUGCAACAUUUUUUGAGAUCUAUAGUGGUAAGGUUUUUGACUUGUUGAACAGGAAGACAAAAUUAAGAGUGUUAGAAGAUGGUAAACAGCAAGUCCAGGUGGUGGGAUCACAGGAAUGGUAAGUCAAAUGUGUUGAAGAUGUUCUUAAGCUUAUUGAAAUAGGCAACAGCUGCAGGACAUCCGGUCAGACAUCUGCAAAUGCACACUCAUCUCGAAGCCAUGCAGUGUUUCAGAUUAUUCUCAGAAGGAAAGGGAAAUUGCAUGGUAAAUUUUCUCUGAUUGAUUUGGCUGGCAAUGAAAGAGGAGCAGAUACUUCUAGUGCAGAUAGGCAGACUCGACUGGAAGGUGCGGAAAUUAACAAGAGCCUUUUAGCACUCAAGGAGUGCAUUAGAGCCUUAGGCCGAAAUAAACCUCAUACGCCAUUCAGAGCAAGUAAACUUACUCAGGUGCUAAGAGAUUCAUUCAUAGGAGAAAACUCUCGUACCUGUAUGAUUGCUACAAUUUCUCCAGGGAUAGCAUCAUGUGAAAACACUCUAAAUACAUUGAGAUAUGCAAAUAGGAUAGCCACGCCUGAAGAUGACCACCUGCUUCGAGGAACCCUCGGGAGUCGCUGGCUACCUUUGGACCCUAGGAUCAGCGUGAGACAAGCAAUGCAGAGGAACGUCGGAUUGAUUAAACUGGCGUACCAGCCCUGGGGCAUUCUGAUGGAACUGCUGAUGGCUCAGCUUAGCCUGCUCGACUAUGCUCGGCUGGCCUCCUAG